AUGAGCUGCAGAGACAAUGGCAAUCCAUGCGUCCCCAAUAUGGUGGCCUUCGUCACGCUCUUCAGUCAGAAAUACAAGAGAUCAACGGAUGCUUCGCUUUCUCUGGCUUUCGAGUGGGCUGCCAAGACCUUCCGAGUAGCUACGAAGAGAGAGUUUGAGUAUGUAGCGCCAAAACUUAUGCAUCAAUUUGCCUCGAUGCACGAGGAAGAAGAACUGAGCGGAGAACAAGAUGAAGGGGGCCGACCUCCUGUUCCACAAUCUCCGAAGACGCCAACGUCUCCCGUUUGUGGAAAUACGCGAUCAAGGAGCGAGGGCGACGAAGACGAGAGGCGCGUGCGACAGAGGAUCGAGUACGCAAACCCCUACGUCGAAUUGGAUUUGACAAGCGAAGGCUCAACGCCACAGAAGGCAAGUGUAGUACAAGCUGGAUCAGAGGGGCGUGACGACGACGACACUGGUAUGGCACGAGUGCUGGAGCGUCGACUGGAGCUGGACAUCAUGAAACAGAGUGAGCUGCUAGCGAAACAGUACGAGUCGCAGCGUCAAUUAGCCAAAAUGCGGUGGCCCCCGCUCGUACUUUUGGCGCUGCUACUGCGAUGUGAUGCAACAGAUGCGGCCUGUGCUCGUGGUGUGUACAAUAACAAGAUCUGUUCAGGACACGGGGCCUGCAACACCCGUAAACUGUGCGAGUCCGACGUUAGACACUUUGUUUUUGACAGUUCGCAGAUGGAGUGUGCCAGUGACUGCAACGACGUUGGGCGAUGCGUGUCGCUCAAAGGUCUGUCGGCAAUGUAUGCGGUGGGCACAGAACCUUUGUACGACUCGGCGUGGGAUGCAGAUAUGAUGUACGGGUGCAAGUGUAGCAAAGGAUACCACGGUUACGAUUGCUCGUUGAAAUCUUGUCCACGUGGAGAUGACCCCAUGACAACAGGCCAAAAGAAUGAGGUGCAGAUUGUGCAGUGUACUGGCACUGGAGGGUCGUUUUUCAUGUUCUUCAAAGGGCAAAGCGCGGAAAUACCCUUCAACACAAAGCUGGAAGACUUUAAGACGAUUCUCACUACGAUCAAGACACUUCCUAUGGUCAAAGUCACGUUUGGCGGUACAGCAACAACAGUUUGCACUAGUGGGACGGCAAACCCUAUCAUGAUCGAGUUUAUUCAGGACUUCGGACCGCAAUCUCCGAUUAAAGUGUUAGGAGCGCUCAAGGGUGUCGUUUAUCUUAUGGGUGGCAGCGUGUUCGCGACCUCCGCAGGCAUUUGCGACCGUACCACGGUGAAAUGCCCUGGGGAUCCUGUUUGCAGUGGCCACGGUCAGUGCAUGACCAUUCGUCAGUUGUCGCUAGAAGCAGACUCAGACUCGCCCUCGCUGGUCUUUGACUACGGCACAGAUCCAAACAACAUUUUAACAUUCGACCGUGAUAAUAUUUUGGGCUGCAAAUGCGAUCCAGGUUACGAAGCCUACGACUGUAGCAAAAGGUCCUGCCUAAAGGGGGAUGAUCCCGUCACAACGGACCAAGUCGACGAGAUCCAGCUGAUCAAGUGUAUUGCGACUGGAGGAGUUUUUCGUCUUCAAUAUCGCACCUUAACCUCGGUCGAUAUCCCAUUUGACGUAACGAUGGAUGAUCUUCGAGAUAUCCUCAUGAUUUCCUUCGGCUUUGAAGAUCUUGAGGUGGAAUACUCUUCCGGAACGAAAGCGUGCUCAGCUCCAGGGUCAGCUGAGAACAUUAUCACUAUUGCCUUCCCACUCGAGCACGGUGACAUUCCACCGCUAAGAGCGGAGACGACGGGGCUUACUACAUCAAGUGGAGCAGUGAGCGUCGUCACCGCUGAUAAUGGAGCUGCAAUAGGUGGUGUGGUAAGCCAAAAGGGCACAAAGGAGAACGCAGUUUGCUCCAACAGAGGCUACUGCGACUACAGUCAAGUGCCGUCUAUGGCGCCUCCCAGCCCCGUGCUCUUCUCUCGCCUCGCACCAGGGACACCAGCAGCCUACACAGCACUCGCCCAGGCUUGGAUGACAGUCGUCAAUAACGUGGAGUCUCUCACCCCCGAACUACUGGACUCGUCUGAUCCAUGCAGCGAAAACUAUUCGGCGGAAGACAAUGAAACGUUCUGGGCGCUGGUGCACCAAGGAUAUAGUGCAAAAUUUGACGAUCCUGCUGAAGCUGAAGAUGCUCAGACUUUAUGCUGGCAGUGGGAAACAGUUCGCAUAGCUAUCAAAGACUUUAACGGGAUUUUAACAGAGAUAUGGCCAAAAGAUCUGGCCAAACAUUUGGAUAAACUGCCAACACAAGACCGUCACAAAUUAUUGACACAGCUGCAGAUCCUUUAUCGAGACAGAAUGGGAGAAAGCUUUGAGUAUUUGGAGGUGUGGAAUUUGCUGACUCAUCAUGCCAAGUGGGAUCGGGUACUCAAACCUUUGAUACUACGAGCAGCUGCGGGACACGACGGAGAAGACGAUUCUGAUAGUGACUCUGGAACCUCAAGUGAGCCUGAAGGGCUUCCAGUAUCAAAGGACAAAGACACUGAGCUCAUAACAGAAAUCGAGACACGAAAACCCCUCAAACAGAGUGAACAAACUACCGAGACAGUGGCCGUCACGCACUUAACAUUGGCGUGGGCAAAUGUUUGCUGCAGCUGGGCAGAGAUGUCACCACGACUUGAAGAAUCGAACGAGUGUUUUUGGCUCCACGUCUCGAGUAUGUACUUGGAUUUAGUAGUGAAGCGAGACCGCCCGAGUGGCAUUGAGUUCGUCCUGAAACAGCUCUGGUAUGAGAUGCGAGCGGAAAUUGUCGUCUUCCACACUCUGUACGAGGAAGAGCUGAAGGGCGACAGUUCUGUCAGCCGUACAAACCGCGAAUCGAUGGUUUCGCGUGCCCAGGAGGCUUAUUGGUCGCGAUGUGGCCAAUGGUUCAAGCAUCGCGCUGCAUGGGAAAUCCUGGAGCGACACAAAGACUGGGAACAUACCCUAAAACGAUUACUACUACUCGGUUUGGAUAAGCGUACAAGUACUACAGAUGGCGAUGCCUCCUCUUGUAAGUUGACCGGAAGCAUUUUACAAGAACCUACCGAUAGCCAUAACCUUGAAGGAGAGAGUGAUGGUCCCGGGGAUCUUGUACUUGUGCCAGCAUCGGAGUCUUCUGAGGUUUCAGAAGACGUGAAUGACGGGAAGCAGAAGAACGCAGCGGUGUCGGAGGGGUGGCUGGAAUGGAACACUCGUUUGCUGGAACUGCAAGUGAUGACACGCAGCGAGGUCGGGUUGAGCCCCGAAGCGUUGGAGUAUCUCCGCCUGCGUCGACAACAAAUUCUGGAAAAAGAACAGCUGAAAAUGCAUUUAAGCAAGCCGCAGACUGACUGA